UCUCUCGCUGGUUUUCGCCUGUCUGCAGUCGGAUAGAGAUAGUCAGUCUCUCGAAAGGAUAUUCUUUCACUUAUCCUUCCCCACUGUGCCCCGUCGAACAGCCCACACCUUGCCCUCUCUUCACUACGAAGAUGAACCUCUUCUGUUUCUCCCUGGAGGGUUCCAUGGAUAGUCUCUAUGAACCUGUUAAAACUCAUUCGAAUAACCAAGCCUUGGCAUGUGGAGCUAAUGUCACUAAUCCAAGUCUCCUGGACUCUACUCCAACACGGAAACUGCCUCGAAAAUCAAGAUCCUUGGAGUUCUCUGAAGCAAGCAAGCUAGAGAAAAAGCGACUGAAAAAGGCAAAACACUUUACUCAGAGGCCGGGAUCCGAUGGCUCGUCCUUUGAAAAUGAUGAUUCCGUCUUCAAGGAACCUGCCAAGAAUAAUGAAGGCAAUCACCUGGUGAAGAGUACAGACCCAGGCAGCGGAGAGACAGAAGGGAUUGGGACUUCAAAGAGACUUCAGAAGCUCGUUUGGAAUAAGAGGAAUCACGGCUCUGAUGAUGGGAAGCAAGCACCACUUCAUGCUCCUUGUCAGGAAUCUGAAGAUCCCACAUCUCUGGAGAAAACCCUGCACCCACAGUCAAACCAUCCAGAGAAAUGUAGAACUGAGUCAUCAAAGGAAGAAUACGAGGUGGACCCUGGUUGGGAGCUGUCCUCCCAGUCACUGGUGAGGAUCCACAGCCCUGAGUGGUACAGCAUGCCAGAGUUCAUCUCCCCAUGGGAUCAGGCACACCAUUCCUGUGGUAGGAAGUUGCAGGAUGCUGAAGACAUGCCAUUCGACGUAACUCUGACAAUGGAUCGCUCUUGGUCUCCCUUCUCCUGUCCACAGACCUUUCACUGCCAAAUGUUUCCAAGCCCUGUCACAGGGAUGGAUCUAUCGGAUGGACUGCGCACCAGCAGCUUUGGGAACUUUGACCGAUUCAGACAUCAUCCACACACGUCCAAGCCAGAAGAGAAGCCUGAUGACAGUGCUGGUGAAACCGAACAGGGAGCAGAAGCUGCUGGGGAACAGAAUCUGCCAAAGUCUGGGCAGAAUGGGAGCGGGCUGGGAAAAACCAUGCGUGCUAUUUCCAAAACCAUGAAGAAAAAGAUGGCCCGCAGAUAUGCCAGUGCUCUGUCAGAGGGGAUGCCUGAGGCCAAUGCAGAAGAAGUGACAAGCCAAGCCAUUGGAGAGCACGACACAGAGGACGGUACCCUGAGAGCUUGCGAGUCCAUGGAGAGUCUCUACAGCCUGAACAGUGGGCAGAGCUCGUCCACAGGCGGCAUUGCAAGUGGCUCAGACGCAGCAAGUAACCGGGACAGCUUCAGGUUGGAUGAGGAGGUUCCCUACACAGGCCCAUUCUGUGGACGAGCAAAGGUGCACACUGACUUCACCCCGAGUCCCUAUGACACUGACUCCCUCAAGCUGACGAAAGGCAACAUUAUUGAUAUAAUUAACAAGCCAACCAUGGGCACUUGGACAGGAAUGUUGAAUGGCAAAGUGGGAAACUUCAAGUUCAUUUAUGUGGAUAUCCUGCCCAAUGAAGAAGCUGUGCCCAAGAAACUAAAGACGGAGAGGAGGAGCAGACAGCCAGUUCCUGAUUCCUUACAGGAGCUGCUGGAAAGAUUCCACCUGGAGGAUCUCUAUUCCACAUUCCUUCUCAAUGGCUACCAGAGUCUGGAUGACUUCAAGGAUCUCAAGGAGAGUCACCUGAUUGAACUGAACAUCACAGAUGCAGAAAAGAGGGCGAUGCUUCUGAAUGCCGCUCAACAGGAUUACGAUGUCUUGAGUGAACAGGAAGAGGAAAGUGAUGUUGUAGCUGAGAACCAGCCCUCUGACCUCAAACUCGAUCAAGCACACUUGAAGGAAUGUCCCCGAGAUUCCGGAUGUUAUGCUACCUCUGAAAUCUCAGACAAUGGGAAAGAAGACUUGGAUCUGGAGAGUUUGCCUGAAAUGGUUGAAGAUGCUUCCCUUGCUGACUGAUGGCAGAGGGAAGAAGCACAUUGUACAGUUUUGAGUCAGACAGUGGGAGUCAAUGGAUACUGGAGAGUGUUUUCUUUCUAGGUGCAUUAAUAUUGAGCAGAAUUCCCUUUAUUUGACCUGAAUUUACAAGAGAAAGCGAAGAGCACAGUUUAGGAUUCACCCUAUGCUCUCCCAGAUAAAAACUAUGACGAUUGGCAAAUUAUCUUAACUCGAUGAGCUGAAUUAUUUCAGAAACUGUGGGAAGCUCUAUCCCAGGGUUCCACUGAACUGGUUGUGGCUGAAUUUAGUGGGAGCGUUUAAUUAAUAGUUUGCCUCCAUAUCUGAUGUCCAAGCAGAAAAUAGAGGAACAAUACUGAUGGUGGGACCAGCAACCAAUUAAUCACGCCAGCACUACCGAUUGGAGCCAUCUGCAAGUGAAGAGUAUGGAUUUGAACGAAGAAUGCUUCGAAGAUUAAUGGUUUGGUCCUUCAGCAUGACCACUGUCAAACCCAGGUUCGAUUCCAAUCUCGGGCGACUGUCUGUGUGGAUAUUGCACAUUCUCCCAGUGUCUGCGUGAGUUUUCUCUGGGUCCUCCAA